AUGAGUGAGUCACAGUCAGAAAUCGAGCAGAAGAACAAUAACUCGAAAUUGACCAAAAUUAGCCAGCCUCCUACGGUUAGAAUAAUACCGCCAUUAAAUUUUUGUCCAGUAGAAAAACAACUUUACAGAUCAGGUCAACCAUCAAUCAUAAAUCAGUCCUUUUUACAAGAUUUGAAUUUAAAAACUAUACUAUGGUUAGCUAGUGAAGAACCACAAGAAGACUUUUUGGAUUAUUGCUCAAUGAACCACAUUGCGAUAGAGUUUGUGGGCUUAAUGAACGAAUACUCGUAUCAGAAUGUGAAUCCAUGGGAUGCAUUGAGUGAAGAAACAAUUAAAAAAGCAUUAGAAUUGAUAUGUAAUAAAGAGAACUACCCGUUAUUAGUAUGUUGCGGAAUGGGGAGACAUAGAACCGGAACUGUUAUUGGGUGUCUUAGACGUUUACAGGGGUGGAAUCUUGCCAGCGUAAGUGAGGAGUACAGAAGAUUUACUGGCUCAAGAGGAGGACGUAUUAUGGUCGAAUUGCUUAUUGAAAGUUUCGAUAUAAAUUCAGUCCCAAUUGACCCCUCAAAGGUCCCCGAUUGGCUUAUAUGA